AUGGAAGAUCAAGGGAUGUUGAGUAUGGAAUCAAAUAUUACAACAUUGAAUGGAGUAGUAGGAGAAGAAGGUUGUUCAGAUUCUCACAGCAAUAAUAGUCCCGGUGGAUCAUCGAACAACCAUCAAAGAAAAGAUAUCAGCGUAGCAUCAUCUGCAAAAUUAAAGGGUGUUGUUUCGCAGCCAAAUGGACGUUGGGGUGCACAAAUUUAUUCAAACCAUCAACGUAUUUGGAUUGGGACCUUCAAAUCGAAGUACGAAGCCGGUAAGGCUUAUGAUGCUGCUGCUAUCAAGCUUCGAAGCGAAGAUUCACAUCGGAACUAUCCAUCGAACAGCACUAUAACCUCAUUGGAACUUGAUUUCCAGAAACCGUUGACAGCAUAUGAGGUACUGACUAUGCUCAAGGAUGGAUCAUAUUAUACAAAGUUGUAUGAAUUUGUCAACUCUCGUUCCUUGAAGCUAGAUAAGGAACCUGGUUUGAGUCUGAGCUCGGAAAGUGCUAAAGAUGGAGCUGUAUCGUACCAACAGUUGUCUCAGAAAGAACAAACUCCAAGCGACGUUGGGAUGCUGAACAAGCCUGAGAUUCCUAAAAUCUUUGAUGACUGGUACUUCGUGGAGGUUUCAAAAGAAGAAAAGGAUGCGGGUGUGAUAGAUGACACUCAACUCUCAUUCUUCGGCAGAGGUUGGAAUCGGUUGGUUAAAGACAAGAAACUGAAGGCGACGAUGUGGAUUCAUUUUAUAAGUGCGAGUGUCGUAAAGAGCAUAAAGCGUUUUACAUGA